UCUGAGUACGUCACGCAGCUCAGCUGAGCCCUCCCCGGAGACCCGCCUGCCUGUCCCGCUGCUUUGGGUGCCAAAGUGAGAGCUCGGAGUGAAGCAGCCGCGAUGGCUCCUGUACUUGUGGCUGAAUCCGCAGAAUGGGUCGGGAGAGCGCUCCUGAGCGUCAACGUUUACACCUCUAGUGACCCUCAAAACUCGAAUUCGGACGUUGAAAAUACAACUGUCGACAACAACCCCACCAACCCGCAAUAUGUAGCCUUUGUGUUGGUGCCCAUUUUUUUCAUAAUGGGUCUUAUCGGAGUGUUCAUCUGCCAUAUGCUUAAGAAGAAGGGGUAUCGCUGUACUACUGAGGCUGAGCCUCCAGUGGAUGAGAAAAUCAUAGGAGAAAAAAUCGAAAUGCAUGAAAGCAUAGGGGAUACGAAUACUGACACCGUUGGUCAUAUUGUCAACUACAUUAUGAAGAACGAAGCUAAUGCUGAUGUUCUAAAGGCCAUGGUGGCAGACAACUCAGUCAUUGGGGAGACAAGUGUAUUUGAUCCCGAGAGUCCCACUACUCCAAACACACCGACCAGUCCCACCAGUCCUGACACUCCUAUGAGUCCUAUCUCCCCAACUGAAACGCCGUCGAAGCAUUCCUGCCAUGGGAACCAUUUUCACACCGUUGGGGGAGUGGCUGAAAAAAAUGUGUGCACUCGCUGCACCAAUAAAAGGUGGCACUUGAUAAGGUCACCCCAAAAACAUAAAGAGCCACGAAGAAGCCACCAAGGAGCAGUGACUGUUUUGUCUGUGGGAAGGUUCAGGGUCACCAAAGUGGAACCCAAGUCAAAAGAAAGAAAGAGGCUAAUGGCUGAAAGGACGGAAGGUACUAAUGGUGAGGUCCCUGCCACUCCAGUUAAAGUGGAUACCAGGCAGAGAAGUGGCACAGAUUCCGAGCCUCAAAGUCCUGUUGAAACCUGAGGAGUUAAGUGCAAGAAGCUGUGAGUAUUUUAUCUGGGUCCAUGGAAGAUAAGGAAGCGGCAUUAUGGAGAGCGGCAGAUAUACCUAGGAGCUGGCCACUGGUUCGGGCUUUAUGUGAAAGUAUGGAUCUUCCAUUCUAUACAAACAACAAGAACUGCCUUCCUUUAUAUUUUGUAUUUUUAGUGGAAUUUUUCUUCUGGUGAACUUUUAACAUGUGUAUAUGUAGACUGGCCCUGUAUGCCAGAUAUGGUUAUAUAUAUAUAUAUAUAUAUAUAUGUAUUUCACCUCCCAGCAGGUGUCCUGACUGUGCCUGUUUGUGCGAGGGCUAAUGUUAUAGGUGCUGGGGGCUUCCCCCAUAGUAACAGGUGCCUGGGACCCCCUGGCCACAGUGCAAUCCAUUGCUCAGAAUAGGGUGAAGGCUGCUGUAAAUAAAGCCACGCUGUAUAAC